AUGAACGUUCUUGUGUACACCGGUCCAGGGACUACAACCGAAGGAGUAAAGCAUUGUUUAGAAGCUUUACGUAUCCAUUUAUCUUCCUAUUAUGCCGUACUUCCAGUCAAUGAAAAGAUUAUCCUUAAUGAACCAUGGAUGAGAAAGACCUCGUUAUUGGUAAUGCCAGGAGGAGCAGAUUUACCAUAUUGUGAAAUAUUCAAUGGGAAAGGUACUGAAAUCAUUAAUAAAUUUGUCAAACAAGGUGGGAAAUAUAUUGGAUUUUGUGCUGGUGCAUAUUUCGCCAGUGCAAGAUGUGAAUUUGAAAUUGGAAAUCCAGCAAUGGAAGUUAGUGGACCAAGAGAAUUGGGAUUCUUCCCCGGGAUUAAACGGGGGUGUGCUUAUAAAGGGUUUGAAUAUGAGUCUCACCGAGGGGCUAGGGCUGCCAAGCUUGUUGUUAAUAGUGCAAUCAUGCCUCAUUCUCCUCCACAUGUUAUUAAUUAUUAUAAUGGAGGUGGGGUUUUUGUUAAUGCCUCCCAAUAUAAGAAUGUUGAAGUUUUGGCCAGAUAUGAAGACAAGACCGAUGUAGAUGAUGUCGAACAAGCAGCAGUUGUGCAUUGUAAAGUUGGAAAAGGUGAUGUCUUAUUGACUGGGACUCAUCCUGAAUUCACUUCACAUUUAUUAAAACCAGAAGAUGCACAUUUCCAAACCAUUAUUGAUACAUUACAAGAAUAUGAUCAUAACAGAAGAUUAUUCCUUAAAGAUUGUUUAGAGAAGAUUGGGUUAAGAGUGGAAAAAGAUGUUGAUAUUUCUAUACCCAAUGUAACUCCUUUAUACGUCACUUCCCCAUUUAAUCCCGAUAAAGUAAGUGAGCUUUAUUCCACUUUAGACAAGAAUCUAGACCUUAAACAUGAACAUUUCUAUCAUGAUCAAAAUGAUAUUUUUGUAUUCCAAGAUGAAUCUCAUCAAGAAUACCUGAUCGACCAUCCCGAGAAACUAGAAGAACCCCAGGAUGAAUACGAUCCAACAAAGGCAGUCAAGCAUGUUAAGUUGUUAACAUCAGGUGAACUCCCAAACUCAAAAACAACCCCAUAUUUCAAUAUCAACCGAUAUUUUGAUUCCUUAAAACGACUCUCUGGUGACAAGAUUGGAACAUUUGGCAGUAUACUAGGAUAUGUUGAAGUUACCACGUCCACAAAUACGAUUAUGGACAAGAAUCCUGGAUGGUUACAAUAUUUGCCGGAAGGAUUUGCCAUCACCGCCAGUACUCAAAUUGCAGGUAGGGGUAGAGGGGGCAAUGUUUGGGUCAAUCCAAAGGGGGUUCUCGCGACCUCUAUUCUAUUCAAAGUACCUAACUCACCAAAUGCAUCUUCGACAGUUGUGACAAUGCAAUAUUUAUGUGGAUUGGCGUUGAUUGAAUCUAUUUUAGGUUAUGGAAGUUCGGAAUCUGGAAAAGGAAUUGGAUAUGAAGAUAUGCCAGUCAGAUUAAAAUGGCCAAAUGAUAUUUAUAUUCUUAAACCAGAAUAUUUCAAUUCAUUGAAUGAUAAAGAUGAUGUCAGUUCAACUGUUGAUGGAGAUGAAGAAAAAUAUGCAAAAGUUUCAGGUGCAUUGAUUAAUUCUCAAUUCCUUAAUGGUCAAUUCCAUUUAGUUUGGGGUGCUGGUGUAAAUGUUUCUAAUGCUGCACCAACCACGUCAUUAAAUUUAGUUUUAGAAAAGUUGAAUGUUAUUAGACUAGCCAAAGGAUUACCUAAAUUACCAACAUAUGAAAUUGAAUUAUUAUUAGCCAAAAUUAUGUUUAAUUUGAAUCAAUUUUAUAAUGAAUUUAGACAAUCAGGAUUAAAACCAUUCUUACCGCUUUAUUAUAAACGUUGGUUCCAUUCAAAUCAAUCUGUAACAGUUGAUAGAGAUGGGAAAUUAAGGAAAUGUGUUAUCAAAGGUAUAACCCCUGAUUAUGGACUUUUAAUUGCCAAUGAUGUAAAUACUAAAGAAGUUUUACAUUUGCAACCAGACGGAAAUUCAUUUGAUAUUUUUAAAGGAUUAGUUUACAAAAAGACUUAG